AUGCGCCUGGGUGUACCUGCCUUCUCGGGAUGGUCGACGGUCGUUCGGCCGGCCCCCGUCAUUUAUGCGCACAGCAGUUCCGUCCGCCGGCGGGAGACUCCCGUCAAUCGAUCGUGGUGUGAAUGCCCAACGUCAAUUCCGCCCGAAGCAUUAAGUCCUCGGACGGUAAUCGGGCCGCCCAGCGGCAGGCCCACCUACCUACCUCCGGAGAUGGCAACGGGCCGAGCACGGAAGAUCGACACACGUGUCGAGACCAUCGCUUCCACUCGGCCUCUCCCAAAGAGUUCGCACGUUCUCCCUACUUACAAUUCCCACUUGGUCUCUGCUUUCCUCCCGUAUCUCAAAGGUGAGCAGAUUAGUCGAUAUCUGUUUGCUCAGCAAGUCAAAAGAGACCUGGUUGCCAGGAGACUCCACUGCAAUGACAACAGUGCUGCUCUGUUACUAUCCCACAUCAUUCAGACUGAGAUUGGUAACUUUGAUGAAGAAUUGGACCUAGCACAUUUGCGAUCCAAGAUAUACCUUCCAACCCAGGAACUACUGAUUCAUAAGAUCAUGAAGUUUCACCGGAAACUUGUCGGACUGACUUCAGCUGAAUGUGACACCUCUCUGCUGGACACUGCACGGAAGUUGGAGAUGUAUGGCAUCAGGCUGCAUCCGGCCAAUGAUGGGGAAGGAACAGAAAUCAACUUGGCCGUCUCUCACAUGGGCAUCUUGGUCUUUCAGGGCAAAAUUAAGAUUAAUACGUUCAACUGGGCCAAGAUACGCAAGCUGAGUUUUAAGAAGAAAUAUUUCCUCAUCAAGCUCCAUUCUAACAUUCUGACCCUGUGUAAGGACUCCUUGGAAUUUCUGAUGGAAAGCCGUGAUACAUGCAAACACUUCUGGAAGACUUGCGUUGAGUAUCACACAUUCUUCAGGCUCCCCGAGGAACCCAGGUCAAAGGCCAGGUCCUUACUGUGCAGCAAAGGUUCCGGCUUUCGGUACAGUGGAAGAACCCAGAAGCAGCUAGUGGAGUACAUGAGCAAAGGAGGCUUCAAGAAAACAGCCUUCGAAAGGAGACCAUGCCUCGAACAAGCUGAAGAACAUUCUGCUCCAGGGCAGCAGAGACAGCUCAAGGAACAGACACAUAAUCAUUGCGAGAGUGGUCAGUCAGAAGAUCCAAAAGUUAGAGGCCAACAGAAGGCAGUGCGAAGAGAGAGGAAGGAGCCAACAGUGGAGAUAGUAUUCACCGCUGAGCUUGAGAGGUCCAAACCUGAGGAUGACCCUUCAACAGAUGUUCUUCCAGGCGUGGAUGCCUCCAUGAUCUACACUGGUGGCAGUGACACAAAGGUUAAGGAGGACACAGUCCUAUUGCAAAGGCACCCACAACCAUUCCAGGCACUCGGAAUUCAAAGGAACGCUGGCGUAGGAGAUCUGACUGAUGGGAAUUUCUCUAAUUCCAUGACAACUAGCCAGCACAUUGACGAUGCUUUCAAAAAUUCACCCAACUGUUUGUUUCUCAAGGUACGGAAAGCUCCUUCAGCGAUGGAGAGGAUUGUUCGGCCUUCUGGUGUGGCUCGCCCGGUUAGCCUGCCUGCGCGCAGUGGCUUAGCCAAAUACGACCUUUACCAACAGUCUAUGAUGAGGAGUAGCUACUGCAACAGCCUCAAUGCAGUGAAGGAGGAAGAAACCCACUCAGAAGGCAGCCUACAGCCUCCCAGACGAUCACAUAGCCAAUCAGACAUGAAGGCCCUUGGCCUGGAUUGUGCACCAGAGUUACAGCCAUUGGCUCAUUACCUACCCUUGAAUUGGAGGCAGAAUCCCAAUAAACUGAGGCCUGCACAUCCAGCCCAUGUUGCCCUCCAGCAGAAGGAGGCUAUCAGGGCAACUGAGAGAUACAUCAGCAGUGGCACAGAGUCCAGUGACUCGGACUCAGAGAUAAUUAGCCCCUACUUCCACCCGUGUCUCUUUGGCAAAGCUCUCCGAUCUUCAGUGCUGAGGAGAAGCUGCUUUCCCUCAAUCAGCCUUCAACCAAGGGAAAAUGCUUCAUUUGAUCUGAACUGCAAAGAUGAUACCAGACACUUGACUAUCUACACUGAAUUCAUUUAGUCUUAGGACUCAGAGAACCCAUGCUCUUAGCCAGUGUAGGGAGCUCUAGAAAUGGCCAGACACACCACAAGGUAGGGACCUGUGCAUGGUAAUAUUUGUGCUCUUACUUCCCUCAAUAUAUUCCGGAUCACUCUUGCACCAACUGCUAAUUCAAGGAUUAGCUAAGAUUCAGCCACUGUGCAUCCUAUUCCCCUUGAUUCACCAUACCCAAAGUUACUGCCGCAUUAUGAAGGUGGCUGUGAUGUGAUUAGCCUUGGGGAUGGUUGUAGGCUGUUACCCAGAGCUGGCCUUCAAAUUAAAGCCACAUAAAUUGACUCCACUCUGAUUCCACAGGCUACAUUGCACAGAGAUGGGCUGGGAGGGUUAGUUACAAUGCAGCUGGGAUGUAUAAUCCAGGCCACUUCAAGACACACUGUCACAACAUCGUGUCCAGGUAGAAAAGUUGGUGCAUGAACCUCUCCAGAUACCCAGUGCUGAGACAAAAUUCCUAGUCAGGCAGGGGAUAAGUUCCAAACCAAAUUCUCACUGUCUUGUUUAAACUCCAGUGUCAAUUUAAAUGUAAUCAAGGAGAACAUGAGAUUGAGCAGUGAUGAUCACACUUCGCUGUAUUCCUUUCGAUACUUGGUUCAUUUAACGGUUUAAUAUGGAGGAGCUGAUUCCAUACU